GGAUUCCACUAAGGAAAUCGCGUUGCUACAACUAAGCUUGUGUUUGGCGUCCGUGGCAUCAGAAGAAAGUAAACGAAAGCGUGUGUAAUCAUUCUCCGUAUAAAUACCGCCCAUGCCAGGCAGAAUUGAGGCAGGAUUAAAUUGUAUCCCACGCCGUGGGAGCUGGACGAGCCGUGUGCUUCAUCCUGGGUUCUGAAAGCAACUAGCAAUGGCUGACACCCUGAGAAGAUUGGUGAAUACUUCAGCUUAUAGUGUUUUACAAGAGAAACUUGAAGCAUGGUACAAAGACUAUCACCUUGUAUCAUGUGACCAAAACUUGAACCGGUGCUGUGAACUUGUGGAACUGACCUCAAAGGUUCAAGGACAGCUUUUCACAAUCUUGAGUCUGACCGCAAGAGAAGGUGGCCAGUAUGCAGGAGUUGACACCCUUAAAUCCCGUUUCUUGCCAUGGCUGGGGUCUUCUUUCUUCAUUGGUUCAUCAGGAGUGACCACUGAUACCAGCCUAAAUCUGAUACAGGAAUCCAUGGAGAAAGAAAAAAAGAUCAGAGAACUCUCUAAUUCCCAUGAACAAGAAAUGCAGAAGAUGGAGACACAGCUGAGUGAUGCACGUCUGCAACUGGACACAAUAAAACAAGAAUUAGCAGAUGGCGAGUUUGAACUUAAUGACAUGAAGAACAGAUCUGCAACAACACUUCUAGCCUCAGAGGAUGAAAUUCUUCAGCUGAAGGCUGAUCUAAGGGCUUCCCGUGAUCAGGCUGAUAUGUACAAGAGGAAGCUGGACGUUCUGGACGACUUUGAGAGACAGAUACGAAUGCUAAAGGAUGAAGUGUCCUACCUAACUGCAGAGAAAUCCUUACUUCAGGACAGAAUCACAAGAAGCAGGUCUUCAAGCCCCCUUCCUCGACGCAGUCGCUCCCCCAGCCCUCUCCCAUUCCUGAGAAGUGACUCCCCGACUCGAGCCCAGCUCACCAACGCCUCGCGACACUCGCGACUGGUAACACAUUUCACUGACAUUUAUGCUAACGAGCGCCUGGACGCCCAGAACCUCCUGAGCCGCUACAUUUACGACCUUGAGAUGGUGCAGAGGAUAAUAUUUAUUUCCACCGUGGAGUCUUUCCAUGCUGCUAAGAUGGCCUUCAGGCAGUUCAAACUGCGAGUCAGAAAGACUCUAUCUCCCACUCAUAUUGGACAAGAGAGCUUGGAUGAUGCCGUGCUGGACUACAUUGUUCGCAAUCUGGAUCUGUAUGAUGUUCAGUCAAGUAUCAAUGAUGUGAUCCGUGCCAUGAACGUGAAUCCCAAGAUCUCCUUCCCACCGGAGAUUGAUUUCAUCCUGAUCAGCAGCUUUAUCCGUGAGAUGUGCCGGCUGGCCUUUGCAAUGCAGACCCUGGAGCCACCAUUGGACCUUGCAUUCACAACUGAUGGAGAACUCUACAGUGAGAGCAAGUACCGACGCAGCUAUGACUCUGAGUUUACCGCUCCUCUGGUAGCAUACCAUGUGUGGCCUGCUCUUAUGGAGGGCAAUAAUGUGAUUGUUAAGGGAGAGGCUUUCACAAAGAGGGGAGCUCUGUGGUCACCAAGGAGAAGCAGGAGCUCCAGCCCCAUUCGUUCCCGAAGUAGCAGUCCGUCUCGUGCAUUGGCCUCCACGAGCCGUAGUUCUUCUCCCAGCCGCCUUUAACUGCAGACAGAAACGCAGGGACAGGCUUCAAAGCAGCAGAUUGCCUUAACAGUACCUCAACUUAAAAUGUGAACACCAAUAUCUACACAUUUCAAAAAAAAAAAAAAACUUGUUGGAACUUUUUUAUUUUAUAUAUUUUUAUUUUAGUUCAAUGUUUAAAAAUUUAUACCAGCUACAUAUUCAGCCUAAAACCGUUUUCCGGGUUACUAUUGUAAGAGUCUUGUUUUUGUCAUUCUCAUUUGUGUAUUGCAGUUUGUGUAAGGCACUUUCUUGGGUUACUUUAGAGGAGUUCUGUUCCCCUGCAGUUGCGUCAUAGUGUUGUUUUUUAUAGAAGUACAUGUCCUGUUUGAACACACUCCAGUAAUAUGCAGGUACAGAUUGACCCAUGCAACUUGCAAUAAUCUUUUUUUACGAUAUUAAACGGGUUCCCGUGUGCUAAAUGUGCAUAUCUGUUUUUUAAAGUAUUUUUUUUUCUUUUUCUAAGUAACAAAAAGGCUUCUCCUGCACAAUAGCACUUUCAAAAGCGAAUGAAUUGGCAUAUCUGACCACAGUCAAAAUUGAAGUAAUGUCUCUCAAAUAAUGAAGGUAUCUAGAUGAAAUGGUGUGGGGUCUUUUUCUUGAAAUGUUUUAUAUUGUUUUGAAAAUACUGACAAUAAAUACAUAAAGGCAUUAGGUGACUACCUGGUAUUGAUGGUUAUAUAGACAAAUCACAUUGUUGUUCUCAGCACUUGAACGCCACAACUCAGUGACACAUCUGAUUUCUUUGCUUAUUCUUUCAAGCGGAAUUCUUGGGCAAGGGGUUUUAUUACAGUACAGUAGUUAAAUGACACAAAUCUGCUUAGUAUGUAGCAAAUUACACAUAUCUUCUAUAUUGAAAGGGUUCGUGUCGAAUGCUGGUAAAUGAAUUAUAGCUAUAAUUACACUUGUGUGUUUCCUUCAUGUGUUCCAUCAUUUUAUUACUAUAUGUGUGACAUGUAUUUUUGAAUUAUGUUUUAAUAAUAAUUUGUG